UUCGCAGGCGUGCAAUCAUAUUUGUUUGGACCAAAAUCGGUGGUGCAGCUGCUUAAAUGUAUUUUAGUGACAGCUCGGAAAAACAGCCAGCCCCUUGGAGGGCCGGCAAUCCAUGGAGUAUUCAAACACCACGGGUUUGACUCACAGCAUCAACGAGAACUCACAGAAUCCGGAGCAGCAGCAGCCCAUCAAAACCAGACUGCCUGUGAAUGGAAACUGCUACAUCAAGAUUGAAUCCCCGACCGGACCGCAGUCUAUAGCUUUGGGCAGCCAGCGUUGCCUCAACACGCCCCCAACCACGCCCAGCAGCCCGCUGAGGGAAGCGCCCCAGAGUCCGUCGGACGGUCACGUCUCCUCGCUGAGCUCGCACUCCGGAUCGGGAUGCAGUGACAUCCUGCUGGAAUAG